AUGUCAGCUGCAGAGGACUGGUCUCCUGAAAACCCCAUACUGGCCUACCUGCAAACGAUAGCCGCAACCAAAAAAACCCUCCCCUAUGGACAACCCGUCGUCGCCUACCUCUCCCACAACUUCACCGACUCCGCUACGCUCCUGCGGCUGGCCGCAGAGCUCGGCCCCUACAUCGCGAUCUUGGAAAUUGCAGCGGAUUGUGUCGAUGACUGGUCCAGCGACGUGAUUGAACAACUCCAGCAACUAUCAAGGGAACAUGGCUUCUUGCUGUGGGAAGCAAGCAAGGUCCUAAACUCCAUGGUGAAUUUCAUGGGCAGAGCGGACGCGCCAGUCGAGACGAGGCAGGCCUUGACGGAUUUGAUCAAGAAAACAUACACCAGUGGUCCAUUGAAAACAGCAACCUGGUCCAAUCUAGCUACCUCUUGGGCCCCGGCAGUUCCUGUUGAUCAGCAAGAAAACGACGUGUUAAUUCCAACCUUGCGACUGGCGGCUCGCGAGGCCGUUGCCACAACGACGAAAACCAUUCGAACGGAGAUCUUCGCGGACGCCAAUGACGACUCGUUAGCGGAAGAGGUGGAAAUUACACCUCCCUUUGGGGAAUCGAGUAGUGGAUGGAAAGAGUUCAGCCCAGGGAAUAUGGGAUCGGCACUACGGAAAUCAUCCACGAUCUCAGUCACAACCGAAGAGGUCAUUCCACAGCCACACUUGCAGGCAGAUAAUGGCGCACCAAACCUGCCGCUACUGGCUCGCAGCAUAGCACUUUGUCUCCCCAGUGCUAUCGAGACUGCCUUCACUCCCGAGUAUCGCCAAAGUACGAUUGUCGCCGCAUGCGCCAAUUCAGAUUUCGUCAUCGGCUUCGCAACUACCGAGCCGUUCUUUGUCAAUCAUCGAGGAACCGAUAUAUUCGAGCUGGCACUGCUUGAUGGCAAUGGCAAUGCCCAAGAAGGCAUGGACUGUGCCAAACUCGCCACCUCACCAUACGUCAGUGAACACCAGAGGUCUCUCGGUGUCUUCUCGCUUGUACCACCUGCUCUAGGCCAGGACUUUGAGCUUGAUUCGACCUUCAAGCCCAGCGGGCUUCAUUCAUUCAACUUCAAUUCGGAAACUCCAGCCUCUGUGCAAUACCUGUUUCAUAUAACUGGGAAGGCCGUUGCGCUGAGGGAAAAGAAUCGGCAAGAGCGUGAAGGUGACUCCUCGAGGGGAGAAGCACCGGAGGGUCCUAAGAUCGUGCAUAUUCCAGCGGUUAUCAUUGCAUAA